AUGAGGGACCAUAUCCAACGGACCCCACACCCGCCCGCCAAGGACUACAUCACCCUGUCCUUCUACCAAUUUCGACCGAUCAGUGAAAACGACCUUGUCAAGAUCCAGUAUUACUUCUUGACCGACUUGAGAGUAAUGGAUGUCGUCGGUCGUAUCUAUGUGUCUGCGGAGGGUAUCAAUGCCCAGAUCAGCUGUCCCAAGGACCAGGUCGAGCAGUUUAAGGAGUAUUAUGCAACACACUGGCCCAUCUUUGACAAGAUUCGGUUCAACCCCGCCAUGUCUGAAGGCAAGGCGUUUAAGAAACUGCACGUCAGAGUCAAGAAACAGCUGGUUUCCGAUGGCAUUGACAAUAACACAUUCGAUCUGUACAACGAGCCCAUGUAUCUUACACCAGAAGAGUGGCACAAGGAGCUGUCGUCGCUGGAGAAAGCUCCUAUCCUUAUUGACAUGAGGAAUCAUUACGAAAGCGCGAUCGGGCAUUUCGAACACUCGAUCCGGCCGGAUGUAACUACGUUCCGGGAGAACGUGGACGCCAUGCUUGAGAUCUGCAAAGGGAAGGAAGAUCAGGACAUUUACAUGUACUGCACAGGAGGCAUCCGUUGCACUCGAUCAGGAGCCCUACUCAAAUCGAACGGUUUCAAAUCGGUCAAAAUGUUACAGGGAGGUGUCACUGCGUAUGGUCGCUAUAUUCAGGAGCAACUUAACGCUACAGCAACAGCCGAUGAUACGGCGGCGACAGAUGGAGAGCAGGUCAAAUCGAUCUAUAAAGGCAAAAAUUUUACGUUCGACAAGCGCCUAGGCGAACCCAUCACGGAUGAUGUUCUUGCCAAGUGUCAUACCUGCGGGACACCUUGCGAUUCGUACUGCAAUUGUUCUAACAUGACGUGCAACCUGCUGAUGAUCUCCUGUCCAUCAUGUCAGGAGAAGCACGAGGGAACUUGUGGAUCGAGCUCGUGUGUGGACAUGGUUACAGAGCUGAAGGAAAAGCAGAAACAGAUACCGAAGGAUCAUCCUGGUUUGGUCGGUAUGAAGGCUAGGCUCGGAAUUAAGCCUUUUCACGAGCAUCACCUUCGCGUCCGUCCUUCGACUGUUAUAGAGAUGCGAAAGAAUAAAGAACAUUCUCGGCUGUAG